AUGGCUUCUCCUUCUCUCUCAGUUCCCUACGCUCUUCUUCCAAGCAUUCAGCAAACACACCUCAUUGAUGAUGAUGAUGAUCCUAUAACUGUUGAUAGAAGCAUCUUCAGUUUAUCGGAGAACAAGCGUUAUGAGUGGAAGAACAUGUUGGAGGGUCUUGUUGGAGCGUGGUGUGUUGGUUCUUCUCAUGGUUGGAUUGUGCUUUUGGAUCAGAAUGGAGUUCCACUUCUUCUAAAUCCUUCUUCUUUCACUACCAUUAACUUACCACCUCUUCCCCUUUCAUUCUUGCACCCUGUCACAUAUUCUUACUUUGCUGAAUACUUAAGGAAAACGUUCAUAGUCAAAGCAAUCUUGAUGUGUUGUUCCUCUCCUUCAAGCUACAUUCUUGCCAUCAUAUAUGGUUCAAACAACAAGAUUGCUUAUUGCAAUUCUGCAACUUGGGUUGAGCUCUCUCAUGAUAAGCAAUCUUAUUGUGACAUUGUGCUCAGCAACAACUAUCUUUAUGCCUUAACACAAUAUGGUUCUGUUGAAGUUUGGAAUAUUUGUGGACAAAUUCCUAAAAGAUUGAUUCUUUUAACACCAACUAUGGAGGGGAAUUACGAAGAGGAGAAAGCAUAUUUAGAAGAUAACUGA